UGGCGGCGCCGCGAUUGGCCGACUUGAAAUCCAGAUGCGUCGAUUUUCGUAACCGUUAGCGUUAGUGAGCAGAAUAACACUUGUGUUUGUUUUGUUGCGCGAUUUAGCGUUUUUCGGGCGAUUUUGAGCGGAAUCGUGUGCUGGGAGGAUGUCUUCGAAGCUGCGGAUGGCCCCCGAGGUCUGCGUGCAUGUGGAGCCCCCCAACGACCUGGAUUCGUCGUCGGGCUGCGAGCUGUCUUUCGAGUUGUCGAGCGACAAUCUGCGGAGCCCCUCGCCCACGCCGAGGCUGAGGUACACGCUGAACACGCCGGGGCCCAACCCGUCGUACAGCCCCCCGUACAAGAAGGUGCGGGCGUUGAGGUUGUUCGACAGCCCCCUGACCCCGAAGACUAUAAUAGAGAAGUCGGCGGCCACGCCGGCGCUGAGGAGCAGGCUGUUCACGGACAAGCCGAGGACGGCGGGGACGAGUCAGAGGAGCGAGAAGCCCACGGCGAAUGUUAACCCGUUUACGCCGAAUGGUAUGUACCAAACCAAGAAGCGACUGCGGUCCACCAGCUCCCUCCAGGUGCCCCACUUCGACCUGAACGAGUCCGACGCGUCCGACGUGGAGAACGAGCCCCCCGCCAAGCGCGUGCCCCUCCACGAGAACAACAUCCCCCGCUACCACCAGGAGUUCCUCGAGCUCGAGCUCAUCGGCUCCGGCCAGUUCGGCUCCGUCUACAAGUGCAUAAACCGGCUCGACGGCUGCAUCUACGCCAUAAAGAAGUCCACCAAGCCGGUGGCAGGGAGCGUGUUCGAGAAGACCGCCCUCAACGAGGUGUACGCGCACGCCGUCCUCGGCAAGCACCAGCACGUGGUGCGCUACUACUCCGCCUGGGCCGAAGACAACCACAUGAUCAUCCAGAACGAGUACUGCAACGGCGGGUCUUUAGCCGACCGCCUCCAGGAGGGCCCGCUCUCGUCGGUGGAGCUGCGCCAGAUGCUCAUGCACGUCGCCGAGGGGCUGCGCUACAUCCACUCCGAGGCGCUCGUGCACCUGGACAUCAAGCCAGGGAACAUCUUCAUCUCCAAGGAGAAGAAGAUGCAGUUCACGAACUACGACUCAGCGGACGACGGGUUCGAGGACUUGGACGAGAGCCACUACGAGGAGGAGUUGACGUAUAAGAUCGGGGAUUUGGGGCACGUGACGAGCUUGAACAACCCCCAAGUGGAGGAGGGGGACUGCCGGUACCUCCCGAACGAGAUCCUCCACGAGGACUACAGCCACUUGACCAAAGCCGAUGUUUUCGCGUUAGGGUUGACGGUUAUAGAGUGCGCAGGGGCGGGGCCACUGCCCAAGAACGGCGACGAUUGGCACAAGUUGAGGAGGGGCGAGUUACCAGAAAUGCCCACGGCCUUGAGUAGGGACAUGGUUAAUUUGAUAGCGUCGAUGAUCCACCCGAACCCGGCGAUGAGGCCGGCGGCUUUGCAAAUCCUGCACCAUCCGGCCCUGUGUCCGGUGGGGAAGAAGACGAGGGCGCAGCUCCACCGGGAGCUGAACGCCGAGAAACUCAAGAACGAGAUUCUGUCGAAGCAGCUGAAGGAGGCGGCGAUCUGCAUCAAGACCAUAGCGCCGGAGAGCAAGCAGAUGAAGGGGGUAUCACGGAUUAGUAAUAGGUUGAUCGGGAAGAAUUUUAAUCGGAGCGUCAGCGCCACCACGUUUUAAUGCGACGGAAAUUGCUUACUGGAAGGUCUGUUUAUUUAUUGUAAUAGGGUGCCCCUCGGGGCGGUUUUAUUGAUUUAUGAACUCUCCUAGUAAUUGUAUGUGAUGAGAUCUAUUUUCGUUUCGUUGGAAAUGGAAUUUAGGCUGCUGAGGACGUGUAGACUGAUAUUGUUUGAAGCUGUGGUUCUUCAAUUGCAAGGCUGUCUUUAAAUUGUUAGAAGUUUUGAGCUUGUUUCUCGUUUUUUCGUAAAUUAAUCAAGCCGGUUUUUCUCUUAGGUUAAAACUUUCCUUUUAAUUUUUUUUUUAUUUUACAUAUUUUAUAAUUAUAGCUUAGAUUUAUUUAAAAGUACUUGUUAUAAUAUGUGAUAAUUAUUUUUUAAAAAGUUAGUAUAGUUAUAUGAAGACAUAUUGUAACUUUACAUUCCCUAUAACUUGUGCCUUUGUCGCAUCAAUUUAUUGUAGCGAAUUUGUUAGUGCAUUUUAUUAACUCGAAUUUGUAAUAAAUUAUACCAAAUAAAUGAAUAUUUGCGCUUCCA